GUCUUCUCUCCUGCAUCAAUCAACACCGUACUCACCAUGGUUGCUGCUAGCUCCGGUGAUGAAGAAAGUAGAGAACUAAGAUCCUUCAUCCUAUCCUUCCUUAAGGCUUCCUCAACCGAUGAACUUAACGCAGUUUUCCGCGAAAUCGCUUCCACCGUCCUUGUUGAUGGAAGCAAAAAAGGCGGCCCCAAAAUCACGGUGGUUAAUGGAAUGUGGAUGGAGCAAUCUCUACCUGUCAAUCCCUCGUCGAAAGAUCUCUUUCAGAAUUUCUUCAAUGCUGCUUUCGCUCAAGUUGAUUUCCGAUCCAAGGCCGAAGAAGUGCGUAUGGAGGUAAAUUCGUGGGCAACAAGUCAUACAAAUGGUCUCAUCAAAGAUCUUCUUCCUCAUGGAUCAGUUACAAGCCUAACCAACCGGAUUUAUGGAAGCGCAUUGUACUUCAAAGGAGCCUGGGCGAAAAAAUUCAGCAAGUCAAUGACGAAACGCAAACCUUUUUACCUUCUCAAUGGACCAUCAGUGUCUGUGCCAUUCAUGAGUAGCUCUGAAGACCAAUACAUUAAGGCUUAUGAUGGUUUUAAGGUACUCAGCCUUCCUUAUCGACAAGGCCGUGACGAUACCAACCGCAACUUCUCAAUGUAUUUCUAUCUCCCGAACAAGAAAGGAGAAUUCGAUAAUAUUUUAAAGAGAAUGAUAUCUACUCCUGGAUUCUUGGAUAGUCAUAUUCCGGAAGACAAAGUUAAAGUUGGUAAAUUCAGAAUUCCAAAGUUUAAGAUCGAAUUCGGGUUUGAAGCUUCAAGUGUUUUCAAUGACUUUGAUCUUGAUGUGUCAUUGUACCAAAAAGCUUUGAUUGAGAUCGAUGAAGAAGGUACUGAAGCUGCUGCUGUAGCAGCUUUUGUUCGAUGCAAAGGCUGCCGUUUUGUGAAGACAUUAGAUUUUGUAGCAGAUCAUCCGUUUGUUUUCUUGAUUAGAGAAGACCAAACCGGAACUGUUUUGUUCGCUGGUCAAAUCUUUGAUCCUUCUGUUUAGGACCGGCCUUAACCGGAUUAGAGUUUGGUAUUUUAAAAUUUGAUUCUCUGUAGUUUAGAUUGUUUUUCUUAAGUUAUGAUUUGCUGAAUUAUAGAUUUGAUAAACCAAUUUCUUGUCA